AUGUCUUCCAACACAAACAAUGUUUCCCAUGCAGAUAUAAUCGCUACUGCCACACCAGAGAUUGAACUCGAUCAAAUCCCAAAUGCAAAGACCAAACAAGAUGAUCCAUUCCUGGUCGCAUUCGCCGAGCCCUUUGACGCAGAAAACCCCAAAGACUGGCCGACUGGCCGUAAAUGGGCCGUGACAGAUGUUCUAUCUGCGACUGGCUUUAAUCGAAUCAUGGUAUCGACCAUUAUGGCUCCGGCCUUGUCGAUAAUCGCAGAAGAAUUUGACAUGACCUCAGCAGAGUCGGCCAUGGCGCUCUCCAUCUAUCUUCUAGCCACUGCAUUUGGCCCAUUAGCCAUUGGCCCAUUAUCAGAGGUGUAUGGAAGGAAACCUAUUCUACACGCCUCAAACAUUUGGUUCUUGAUCUGGAACAUUGCAUGUGGGUUCGCGAAUAGCAAGGAAAUGCUUAUUGCAUGUCGCUUCUUGGCUGGCUUUGGUGCCAGUUCUAUCUAUGCCCUGGCUAGCGGAGUACUUGGAGAUGUAUGGAGGCCUGAGCAGCGUGGUCGCUCAUUGGGGGUGUACUUGCUGAUUCCUUUGCUGGGUGCAGCCGUGGGUCCUAUUAUCGGCGGGUUCAUGGCUGGUCGCACCACUUGGCGAUGGAUGUUCUGGGCCACAUCAAUUUUUCAAGCCGUCAUGGUCCUUGUUUCUUUCACUGUAUUCCAUGAAACACACGAGCCACGCAUCAUUCGAUCUCGAGCUGAGCGACUCCGACGGGAGACGGGAAACCAGCAAUACUAUACUGAGGACGAACGUCUUCACUCAAACAAAUCGCCAUACUUUGUGCUCGGUCGGGCUCUUAUGAGACCGCUACGGCUUCUAGCUUUUCACCCAAUAAUCCAAAUUGCCUCAGUGAUUUCCGCAUUCUAUUAUGGCAUUCUAUACAUCGUGCUCUCGACUUUCUCGGAUCUGUGGAUAAAACAAUACGGCCAAUCUGUGGAAAUCAGUGGCUUGCACUACAUCGCUUGCGCACUUGGUGAAAUCGUGGGAAGCCAAAUCGGAGCAAAGGCAAUGGACCACUUAUACCGCCGUCAAAAUUCUCGUUCUAAUACCGAACACGUACCCGAGUCACGGAUAAACCUACUCUUUCCGGGUGCUCUACUUGGACCCCUUGGCCUUUUUCUUUACGGAUGGGCAGCCCAAAACAGGCUGCACUGGGUUGUCGUUGAUAUUGGUAUCUUCAUCAGUAUGCUCGGUAUGCAGAUGACAGGUAUGCCACUGCAGGCAUACGUGAUGGAGUCGUACCCAGAGCACACGAGCAGUGCCGGGGCAGCCUCACAGUUUAUGCGCAGUCUGACUGCAUUCCUAUUCCCGCUAUUUGCUCCCAAGAUGUACGAAGUCCUUGGCUAUGGAUGGGGAAACAGCACGAUUGCCUUCAUUGGGUUGGUAUUUGGACUUCCGGCUCCGUUGGCGCUCAUUUACUUUGGGGCGACACUCAGAGCUAAAGCUCGAUCGAGCUUUUGA